AUGCUUAGAUUCAAUGUCCAAUUACCACUUCCGGCGACGAUUCUCACCAAACGUAAGGUGAUAUCAUACAUCGCCAAAAUUUUCGACCCACUAGGCCUCGUUAGUCCAGUUAUCGCGGCCGCUAAAAUGUUCAUGCAGAGACUGUGGAAGUUGAAGUCCAACGACCAGAAACCCUAUGAAUGGGACAAGCCGCUCCCACAGAAACUUCAAGACGAUUGGAAGCAAUUUCAUGCUACACUUUACGCCCUCGAUCAACUCCGAAUUCCACGGUUUGUUGCACUACCAGCCGCUUCCAGUGUCGAGCUUCACUUUUUCUGCGACGCAUCGGAAUCCGCAUAUGGUGCUUGUUGCUUUGUUCGUUCCGAGAAAGCGGACGAUGUCAAAGUCCAGUUACUGACAUCAAAGUCGAAAGUGGCUCCAAUUGCUACAAAGCAUUCCAUCGCUAGACUUGAGUUAUGUGCAGCUGUAUUGGCCACCAAGUUGUAUCACAAGGUGAACCAUGCCAUCAAAAUCCCCUCCAAGGUUUUCUUCUGGUCCGACUCGACUACCGUUCUUCAAUGGCUUAAAUCAUCACCGAAUCGUUGGAAGACGUUCGUAGCCAACCGCGUCUCCACCAUACAAACCUCUACAGAAGGAUGUAUCUGGCAACAUGUGCCGGGUGCAGAGAACCCCGCAGAUGAAUUAUCCCGCGGUCUACCGCCAGCAGAACUUCUAGCAAGAUCAAGAUGGUGGAACGGCCCAGUUUGGCUAGCUCUUGCUCCAUGUCAUCGACCACACUCAGUUGUUCCAGAAGAUGAAGCAUCCGCCGUCAUAGAAGAAGCUCGGAAGGUCGCUCUAGUUUCAUUAGCUACAUCCACGGCCACCUUUGCUGAUCACCUGUUUACCCGAUUCUCCUCGUACACAAAGCUGCGUCGGGUGGUAGCAUAUUGUCUGAAGUACAUCCGUUCACUGAGAGCCACGACCCAACAAUCCACCGGUGAACCAUCCAGCGUUCUCACCACAGCUGAGUUAACAGCAGCAGACCAUGCACUAGCACGCUUAGCCCAAGCCCAGCUUUACUCGGAGGAGUUAGCCGGUCUAAACGUACCAUCUAGCCACAAUGAAAUCCUGAAGUCAUCCCCACUAAGAUGGUUGAAACCCUACAUAUGCAAAGACGGUAUAAUUCGCGUCGGAGGACGCCUAUCGAAUGCCGAGGUUCCAGAGAGCAUUAAGCAUCCGAUCGUCAUUUCCGCCAAGCACCCACUGGCCGAACUGAUAGCCAACCAUCACCACAAGAUUCUUCUCCAUGCUGGUCCGCAAUUGAUGCUUUCAACAAUUCGACAAAAAUACUGGGUCGUUGGCGCUAGAAACCUGGUUCGUCGCACAUAUCAUCGGUGUAUCAAAUGUUUCAGACAGAAGCCAAUUCUCGUCCAACAAGCAACAGCUGAUUUGCCCACAUCAAGAGUAACGCCAGCACGCCCAUUCUCAAUUAGUGGCGUUGACUAUUGUGGUCCAGUGUUCCUGAAGUCACCAGUACGUAAUCGAUCUCCAACCAAAGCGUACAUUGCUAUCUUUGUCUGUUUUGUCACUAAAGCCGUCCAUAUCGAGUUGGUCUCCGAUCUGUCGACCCCGGCUUUCAUAGCAGCCCUUCGUCGAUUCGUUGCUCGUCGCGGUCGUAUCUGUGAGCUUCACUCCGAUAAUGGCACCGCAUUCAAGGGAGCAGCCAACAAACUCCACCGCAUCUACGAAAUGUUGAAGUCAAUUGAUGGUGACAGAAUCCAAAUCCUGAAUUGGUGUGGUGAAAACGAGAUCCAGUGGAAAUUUAUACCGCCUCGUGCCCCACACUUCGGAUGA